CUGAAUUUCCUGCCAUUCGGGCAAAUCUUCGUUCUUCUUUCUGGGGUGAUUUAUUCAAGAACUAAUUUCAUAAAUAUGACGACAAAAUCAUCGGCCAAAAAAUUCAAAUGGUCGUUAGACUUCACAACCAGGUAUUUAUCCACAGCGUCACCCCUGAUCGUCAUUUCACCCUGUCUAAUCGCUUUCAGUAAAAACCCCGACAUCCCAGCACCACCGGGUUUCAACCCUUCAGUUUCGCAGAGUCAUACGGAAAUUGUCAAAGAUCAUCAUCUGAUGAUAAAGAAGUCAUGGGACAUCGCACUCGGACCCAUCAAGCAGCUCCCGAUGAACCUCUUCAUCAUGUACAUGGCUGGUAACUCGAUUUCCAUUUUCCCGAUUAUGAUGGUUGGGAUGAUGCUGAUUCGACCGAUCAAGGCGAUGUUCUCCACACAGACGACAGCGAAGUUGGGCGAGGGGUCGCACGGCAGCGGACAGAAGAUCACUUACAUCCUUGGUAACUUGGCCAAUGUGGCGCUGGCUCUGUACAAGUGCCAGAGCAUGGGGUUGCUGCCGACGCACGCGUCCGAUUGGCUGGCAUUCGUGGAGCCGCAAACGAGGCUAGAAUAUUACGGCGGAGGCAUUUCUUUAGUUUGAUUUAUUUUAGGAUGAGGUGUAUUAAGUUGGUAUUCGCAUUAUAAUUAAAUCACUUGGUUACCUUUAC